GAGCCGGGCAGGGCAGGACAGGACAGGACAGGACAGGACACGACAGGACAGGACAGCAUGGCGAUGGUGUCGCCGGGGCAGCGUGGCCACCUGCCCGGAGCGGCCAGGAACCUUGCGUCGCUGGCCGAGCUAGACGAGGCAGCGCUGCUGGCCGGGCUGCGGGAGCGCUUCCUGCAACAGCACAUCUACACCGACAUCGGAGACAUCCUCGUCGCCAUGAACCCCUUCCAGCCGCUGCCGCUCUACGGGAGAGAGGUCUCCGAGCGUUACCGGCGCUUCCAGAACGACGCGCUGCCUCCCCACAUCUUCGCCAUGGCCAGCCGCGCCUACCACGCCAUGCUGGGCCGCGGGGGUGGCGGACCCCGCAACCAGUGCAUCAUCAUCAGUGGAGAGAGUGGUGCUGGGAAAACAGAGAGUACAAAGUUGUUGUUGCAGCACAUAAUGAACCUAUGCAAAGGCAAUUCACAGCUGGAGCCGCAGAUACUUCAGGUGAAUCCAUUGCUUGAAGCUUUUGGCAAUGCCCAGACAGUGAUGAAUGACAACAGCAGCCGCUUUGGAAAAUACAUACAGCUGCAUUUCCAGAAAAAUACAGUGCAAGGUGCAAAGCUGAGUGAGUACCUGUUAGAGAAGUCACGGGUGGUACAACAAGAUACUGGGGAGAGGAAUUUCCACAUCUUCUACUACAUGUUUGCUGGACUGUCUUCAGAGCAGAAGGAGAUGUAUGGGUUAUUGGAUCCUUCACUCUACAGGUACAUAAGUGGACAGUUUGGUACACAGGAAGUCACUGAACGCUGGAAGCACAAAUACCAAGAGGUUUGCAAUGCCCUUGACAUGGUGGGCUUCCAAGAACAGGAGCAAGUGGACAUGCAGGCUAUCUUGGCUGGUGUGUUGUCUCUGGGCAAUGUGACCUUUGAGCCUGAGGAGAGCAAUGGGUCUGUGAAGGUCAGUGAAGCCUCCCAGGGAUGGCUGAAGGCUGCAGCGGGUCAGUUUGGAGUCCAGGAAGACGAGCUGUUAAAAUGCCUGAUUUGUACAACGUCAGUGACCCGAGGCGAGCAGAUCCAGCGUUUUCACACCCAGCAACAGGCAGAAGAUGCUCGGGACUCCAUUGCAAAGGUGGCCUAUGGUCGAGUGUUUGGCUGGAUUGUUUGCAAGAUAAAUGAGCUGCUGGCUGAGAACGUGGAUCCUGAGGUGGAGCUGAGGGAGAUAGGCAUCUUGGAUAUUUUUGGGUUUGAAAACUUUGCAGUGAAUCGUUUUGAACAGCUUUGCAUAAACUUGGCCAAUGAGCAGCUGCAGCAUUUCUUCAACCAUCACAUUUUCCAGCUGGAGCAGGCUGCCUAUAAGGAAGAAGAGCUGCCUUGGGAGACCAUCACAUUCAACAAUAAUGAACCUAUUCUGAAUCUGCUCCUGGCCAAGCCACUUGGGCUGCUGUCUCUUCUGGAUGAGCAGAGUGCAUUCCCUCAGGCAACUGAUAAGACAUUUGUGGAUAAACUAAAAAGCAGCUUUAAGGGGAAUUUACACUUCCAGCCAGCCCGAGGCCAUGUUUUGGGCUUCAGCAUUAUUCACUAUGCUGGGAAAGUACAAUAUGCUGCCAGGGGCUUUCUAGAGAAGAACAGAGACACCGUGCCAGCCAACAUCCAUGGGCUCUUCAUCAACAGUGUAACCCCCUUACUCAGUGUGCUGUUCACAGCCACGAUCUCCAGGACAGGGACGCUGAUGCCUCAUGUGAAAGCCAAGGUCAUACCAGGAGCAGAUGACAAGUUCAACAGCACACGGAAACAGUCUGCUGGAGCUCAGUUCCGGCAUUCCCUGAUGGUGCUCAUGGAGAGGAUGUAUUCUGCCAACCCACACUUUGUGCGCUGCAUAAAGCCCAACAGCCAGAAGGAGCCAGGUGUGCUGGACAACCAGGUGGUGCUGCUGCAGCUCCGGUACAACGGACUGCUGGAGACAAUCCGUAUCCGAAGAGAUGGUUUCUCCUGGAGACCCUCCUUUGAGGAAUUUGCUGAAAGAUAUGGAAUUCUUCUAGUUAAACCUGGUGCUCCCCUCACAAAGGAAAGCUGCUUGGAGAUACUGCAAAGUACAGAGCUGAAAGGCUGGAUUUGUGGAAAGUCUCGACUUUUCUUUAAAUAUUGGCAUCAGGAACAGCUGGCAAAGUAUCUGGAGCGACUGGAAAGAGCAGCAGUUAUCAUACAGAAAGUUUUUAGGGGAUUCAGAUGCAAGAAGAGUUUCCUAAAACUGUUGGCUGAGCUGAGAGCUCAAGCACAGCGGCUACAGGAGAAGGCAGAGAGAGAAAGAAUCCGGCAGCUCGCACUGGCAGCAGAGGUCCAGGAAAGAAACUCGCUUCCAGUCCCUAUGCCACGAAAGAGGCACCCUCAGUCUAGUCCUCGCCCUUCUGAUCAGUCACAACAGCCACCAGUACCACGGCCACGCAGCAAACUAACAGAGUACACUCCUUUUGAUAACUUCUUGAACCCUUCUGUGCCUCCUCCUGUUCUGGGUACUGAGGAACAGACUGGGAAAGAAGCAAAAGUGAGGAAACUCAAGAGAGGAGCAACUCUGCGCUGGUUCACAGAGACACAGGCCCAGAAGAUCAUGCAGGAUGAUGGGGCCUUUCCAAGCUGGCUGCAUGGGAUGAUCAGUCGGAGGGAAGCUGAAAACUUGCUGAUUGACAAGCCUUUGGGUUGCUUCCUUGUUCGGAUCAGCCAGAGCCGACCAGGCUACAUCUUGACAUACCGGGGCAAAGGGCACUGCAGACACUACAUGAUCCAGGUGCAGCCCAAUGCACGCUACGUCAUCCUGGGGGAGGACCGGGCUCACACCUCGCUCACCGAGCUGGUGCGGUAUCACCAGAGCAUGGGCAUCCAGCCCUUCAUGGAAAUACUGACUGUCCCCUGUGGGCAGAAAAAUAGUGAGAGCUUGAAUUACAAAAAUCUGGAGAGUCUCACACUGAAUUCAUCAGCAGACAAGGGAGAGACCCUUCCAGAGAAGCAGUCCUGCCCCUCCAUGCCUUCCAGCAGCACACCUGCUCUGCAGUGGUUCAGGAGGACCAAGAAUUUCCAAAACCAGCAGACCCAAGACAAGAGUAGAACAAAGCCUGACUCUGGAGAGGGCAGCCAACGAGCCUUCCCUCGCCUCCGCUCUUCCAUACGCCUGGCAAUGCAGGAAAUCCAGCAGUUCACUUCCACUCCCAUGAACAUGUCUAAAGAGAGGAGCUCGCUUCACUGAGGAUGUACAGCCUGGGUGACACGGAUCUCUUGGCCACAAGAAAUAGAGCAGGAAGAACAGAGAGUAGCAGCCAGCUUCCGUCCCAGGACUACACAGAGACCAGGGAAAAAUCUGCCGAAGUUUCAGUUCCCAGCAGCUGUGAUGCAUAGAGUGCUUGCAGUACAAUGGCCAGGCUGCUGGAGGGAGCUCACAGUUUGUUGGAGGGCUGGGGCUGGAAGGAGGAGGGCUACCAGAAUGCAUGCCACAGUAGUCAGCUACAAUGGCUUCCUGGGGUGGAGAGGCAGUGGUGGUGGGGAGCCCUGCCUGGGGUGGCAGAGGCAGCGGGCUGAAGAGAGAUAGUGAGCUGAAGGCAAAGCUCAAAACGGGAAAAGGCAGCAACUUUGUUGCUGUAAAGAGGAUUUUCAACAAAGUCUCAGCAAUGGAAACACAGCUAGUGACUGAGAUUGUGAUACAGUGGGUGGGUGACAAGGGUCUGGCAUGGGCCAGAAGAGGCCUUUUGACUGACUGCCUUAUCUGAAGUAUCUGGUGGAUGUGCAGCUCUCCUGAUCUACUCAGCUGCUGAAGGCAGGUGGGAGCUGUAGUGGUGCUGUAGUAUACUCUGGAAGCUCUGGAAGAAUCUUGGUAUGUGUCAGCUGAGUGUGGAGAGGGAUCAGAAAACCAUGCUUUUGGCUACUGACCCACUGCAGUGCUUCCAAACACACACCAAGAUUGCCAAGUUUCCUGUGUGGUUCUGCUCCCAUGCUGGAAGUCAUGCUGGAGCAAAGCUUUUUAGCUGGGGCCUGUCUUGUCUUUCUCUUCAUAGUUGAGAAAGACAGGAACUCUUCAAUAACUGAAAAAAUCCUGAAGUGUUUGGCUUAAUUGCUUAAUUUCUCUGUGUCCCACUCAUUGAUGUACCCAGGAGAUGCUCUCUGUGUCAGAGGUCAGACAGAAGAAAGACAGAACAUGGGGAUCUGCAUAGAUAACUGCAGGCUUGUUGUACUGGGAUACCUAAAUGUAAUCCUUUUGUAUCCUCCAGGGAGUUGUGUUUCUUGACUGUCUUCCAGGUCCAAGUGGCUCAGACCUGUCCCAGUGCUGUUGGGCCUUGCCUAAUAGUGAACACGUCCAGAGAUACAGCAGCCUUUUUCCAUUUUUUUUUUUUUUAACUUUUCUUUGCUGCACUCAGCUGGCCCUGUGCUUUCAGACAGGGCUGAUGCAGAAGUUCACUUUCCUCAGCACUGAGCAGUACUGUGCCUGCAGUAUUUGUACCAGUCUGAUCCUGGGAGAGGGGAGAGGAUGGGAACAGUCACACUCUGCAUAGACCCAGAGUGCCUGACAGGCUGUGUGUCAGUACUUCUGUAUUCCUGGAGACUCCUCACCUAGCACUGUGAAUAGUCACAAACUGGGUAUCUCCCAACAACCUGUUCUGUCACAAAUAUCUGAUUACCUAUCUCUUUCUCUUUCAGUAUUCUCUUGGCCCUGUGUAUCUGCUGCUCUGGGAACCAAGGGAAGUGCGGUUUUGGCAGUAAGGAGCAAAAUUGAAGUGUCCUUUUUGUUGAGUGCAGGAGCACUUGAACAGAAGCUGAGACAAGGUCAAGAAGAUCUUUCUUGUAAAGGGGAUUCACUGCUCUUGCAUCAGUGUGCUGGCACACUCCUCCACAGUCCUUAACCAGAUCUAAAGUCAGGGAAUCAUUGGUGAAGCCCUCUCAUUCAUCCUGGCUGAAAUCUCUGCAAGUCCAGGUUGGACAAUAUAAAGGACCAUACUACUUGUUCUGUUUCUCCUACCUUUUAAAAUAAAUCUCUUUUUUUUUUU